AUGUCCACCAUGACCGCACUGGAAAGGAGUCACUCCUGUACCUCCAGCACCUCGCUCUCCAUGUCCAGUCCGUCCAUCCGACGCGAAACCACACCGCCUGGCUCCGAACUGUCCCUCUCCCAUCUCCAUGACCGCAUGAAUCAGUUGGACUCGCGUGUGCUCGAACUUCGAUCUACCGUCCUUACUAAGGAUGGCUAUGUCGACCGCAGGAACCGCGAGGACGAGCACAUCCGCCGCGAAUUCGAGGCCCACCGUGCCAUCUCUCAUCGAAUCGACCUCAACGUUGUGGCACUGCGCUCUGAUGUCGAUCAGAUCAAGACUAGUAUCUUCCAGCUGAAGACUAGUAUUGGUCAGGCUGGCACCGAGACGGUGUUCCUGCGUGGUGAUGUCGAUCGGUUGCAGAAGAGUGUGGAUCAGUUUCAUGCGGAUCUGGAGCAGAUGAGGACGGAGGCUUGUGCCACGCGGAUUGAUAUUAGCAAACUCCAAGCCGCCUCCAGCCAGCUUCGCACCGAUCUGGUUACCUUGGACCACAAGAUAUCACGCCAGUUUCACCAUUUGAACUCGCGUAUGGACUCGAUUGAAUCACGCAUGAGACAUUCCGAUCGUGUCCGCUUCAACUCUCUCGCCCACACCAUCUUCGCUCCCAUCAGCCCUGUCCCCGUCAUCUGUGAUGACGGUGCUCUUGAGUGGCCCAAAUACUUCCCGCGCACGGUGUGGAAGUUCUGGUGUCUCAAGAAACGAAGUCGAGUUCAUCGCCUGGUUGAACUCGCGGAAUUUUAUGAGCUGGGUGGUUACCAGGAUUGGUGUCGGAUGCACCAAGGCGACAUGUUUGCCGACAGUGAUUCAAGUGAUUCAAGUGAUGGAUCAUUCAGUAUCACUCGGGAAGAGGCUGUUCGUCGGUUCCCCGAAGCCGCACACCAGGCACUCGCCGCAACCCUGGGUCUUGUGUACUACAAGAUCCGCAACGAGGUGGGAGAAGGCCCCAAUGCCGUGCCGACUCGCCCGCUGAAGCGUCAGCAAGAAGACGUUGCCUCCACAAGCUCGAGCACCAAGUCCAAGCCCGUGAAGAUGCCGCGCAGACCGAGUGUCUCCGACACUUUCCUGCACCGGUUAGUCACUGGCCCCUCUGUGACCGAGUCCAAGUCAUCGGUGUCUGAGGAGUUUGACAAGUUGGGGUGGAACCCGUUCUCAGAUGUCUCCGACGACGCGAUGAGCAAGCUGCGAUCAAUUGACCCGCAAGACAUUGGCACCGUGCUUCGUGCUUUGGAACAGGGACGUCUCAAGCUGAAGCCCAGUGGAUCUGAGAAGGCACGCAUGUCUCCAACCGAGUCCAAGGCCAGUCAUGGCCUCGGAAAGUCUGCUGAACAGCCCGAGGUACCCACCGUACCAAAUACUGUUCCCACCCAGCCAGUUUCUUCGCAGCCCAGCAGGGCUAUGCCUGCAUCUGUGCCCGAUAUACCUGAGACUGCUUCCGAUACGGAUAGCGCUACCUCUUGA